AACUGAGUCUUCAAAAAUGAACAAAGCAAUUUUCCCAGCAUUUAAUUUUCUUUCUCUGGACUACGCUUUUGAGAAUGUCAUGAAACAAAAACUCGCCAUCGCUUGGAUGCUUAUUCCAUUUCCCAAUGAGAUUAUACAAGAUGAAGAUUAUUGCCAUAACAAAAUCUUUGUAAACGACACAUACAGAAGGCCAUGGAAAAGAUCUAUUCCAACCUGCAAGGUACAUGAAGAGGACGCAAUAAUAUAUACAUGCAAAACAUACACCUCAUUUGACUUUCUAGAAAGGAAAGAAGAGGCGUUGGCUAUAGUUCCCAGUUCAAACCCUUGCUCUCAGAUAGACCUAGAGGAUGUGUGCAAUGUCAGUGAAAGUUGUGCCACUGAAGCAUCAUGUCCUGAUGAAUGCUGGAAAACCAUCCCGUUCACCUCUACUGAAUAUUUGUUGCCAGAAGAAGCUAUGUUUGUACCCUGUCUUUCGCAAUUUAGGCAACAUCUUCCUAUCCUGUCUACUUUGCUUAACAGGCUCAAAACAAUUCCUGUGCGGGACCCUCUCCCAGACUGGAAAGAGACCCUUCCUACUAAGGAAUUGCAUUUCAGAAUGGACAGAGCCUUAGAGAAAGACUUGGAGACCGAUUUCUUGUUGGAAGAAUUUCACUGUCUUCAGAACAGAGAAGAGGAUUUAAGUCUACCGUCUACACUAGAAGUGGAUCAACAUGCAACAGAAUGGCGGUCAUCUGUGUCAGAUCUUAUUGCAGUUCUGCAGCUUGCCCCUGUAGAAAUGUUCGAGGCAUACACUGAAGGUUUGCUAGCAGAGAAAUCGGAAAAACAUGAAUUUAUUGAGCAGAAUUCAAUUAACAAAAACUUUGAUCUAACUAAAUGUGAAGAUAUUGUCAACAAAGGUAAAGUUUAUUGUUGUCAAUUAUGUUCAAAUAAUCUAUACUAUGGAAUUAAGAUAAGAAACUUGGGCACCUUUCAGCACAAAGGCAUGUAGAAAAAGGACACACCCCCUGCCAUGUCCCUAGUUACAUACAGUAGAUCAUAAGCCAUUCAAAAAUGUUUGUUUUAAACUACAAGUGCCUUUUUCAGCACUUUUCCUUUUGGGGUUCAUUC